CGGAAGCAGUCAUGUGGAAAGCCGGAAAUUCCUUUUGUUGACUAUCGGAUAUUUGUUUUUCCGGCCUCUUUUUAAGAACUAUUGAUGAACUCUUUUUGUCUGGUUUCUAUUCAAACGUAGUUUUUUUCAUUAUUGGUUUGUUGACAACAAAGAUAGUACUCGUGUUGGACUGGACAGUUUCAUAUAGAUACCGAAUCACUGUCUUACUUGUAGUCGGGCCCGAGGCUGGGCUAACUUUAGCCUAGCAUUGCUGUCUAAGUGUUAGUCCUGCUAGCUAGCGUUAGCUUGUCUUAGCUGUCACUUCAUCUGGCUUAAAAAACAGCUGCUCACUCAAUUAACUCAUUAAUAAGAACGAUUACAACAAACACCUAACAACCAUGGCAGUUGUCAACGAAGGUGCCCUGAAGAAAAUGCUAAAGCAAUACAAAUACAGAGAUCUGACUGUUCGUGAGAUGAUCAAUGUCAUCUCACAGUACAAGGACUUGAAGCCUCUUAUGGAUGCUUAUGUGUUUAAUGAUGGCUCCACAAGAGACCUGAUGAGCUUGACAGGAACUGUCCCAGUCAGCUACAGAGGCAAUAUCUACAACAUCCCAGUGUGUCUGUGGUUGCUAGACACAUAUCCCUACAACCCUCCCAUAUGCUUUGUCAAACCUACCAGUGCCAUGAUGAUUAAAACUGGCAAGCACAUCGAUGCCAACGGCAAGAUCUACCUGCCUUAUCUACAUGAGUGGAAGCAUCCUCAGUCAGACCUGUAUGGUCUGAUUCAGGUGAUGAUUGUGGUGUUUGGAGAGGAGCCUCCUGUGUUUUCCCGCCCCACCACACAAGCCCCCUAUCAAGCCUUCCAAGCAGCUGGACCUCCUAACCCUUCCUACAUGCCUGGUAUGCCUGCGGUCUCACCCUACAGCCCAAAUCCGAACCAGGGAGGCUAUCCAGCAUACCAGUACCCGGGGGGCAACUCUUACCCUGCCACUGCUGGACCUGCUCAUUAUCCCACCCAGACUCCAGUUGCCACAGUGGGCCCGAGCAGAGAUGGCACCAUUGGCGAGGACACCAUCCGCGCGUCUCUGAUUUCAGCUGUGAGUGACAAGCUUCGCUGGAGGAUGAAGGAGGAGAUGGACAGAGCUCAGGCAGAGUUGGAUGCCCUGAAGCGAACAGAGGAAGACCUGAAGAAAGGACAUCAGAAACUGGAGGAGAUGGUCUCAAGACUGGAUCAGGAAGUGAAUGAGGUUGACAGGAAUAUCGAGCUGUUGAAGAGAAAGGACGAGGAGCUGAGUGAGGCCUUGGAGAAGAUGGAGAACCAGUCAGAGAACAAUGACAUUGAUGACGUCAUUGUGCCCACAGCUCCGCUGUACAAACAGAUCCUAAACCUGUAUGCUGAAGAAAAUGCAAUUGAGGAUACUAUCUUCUACCUGGGAGAGGCUCUCCGCAGGGGCGUCAUAGACCUGGAAGUUUUUCUCAAGCAUGUACGCCUUCUGUCCAGAAAGCAGUUCCAGCUUCGUGCCCUCAUGCAGAAAGCCCGCAAGACUGCAGGCCUUAGUGAUCUCUACUGACGCACACUGACUACCGGGAAACAUUGAUAUGUUCGUGCUCCUUUACCCUCUUCUCUUCCUCCUCUGUUGUAUUCCCUUUUUAAUGUAUUUUUUUAGUUCAAACAGCUGCCCUCUUUUUAAUCUCUAUAAAAUCUGUUCUUGUGUGACAGAAAUGUGAACAGCAACAACAGAGACUCCCUAAAUAUACAACAUUUAUGAAGAAUCGGACUGUCUUGUUCAGCAGUGAAAACUGUGGCCACUGUUGUACUCUGACAUUAUUUGUAUUUUGAUCUGACCAAAUACUUCUUUGAGAUCAUUUUGCAAGACAUUACACAGUUACUGUUGUGCCCCAACAUUAAAUAAAAGCCACAGACUACAUUGUGAACCAUGUACAAUAUGGCAUGUGCUUAACACACAUGCCAUAUUGGUAACUACUAAUAUGGUCUACUCUAGUUUGUGGUUUGUAUGUUGACCUGUAUAUGUUCAUGCGCUCCAGGGUAGCCACAGGUUCUGUUAGCAGUCUCUUUGCCAGGCUAGUAAGCACAAAUUGUUAGGGGCUAGUAGCGAGGGGCUUUAGAGAGAGCCAUAUGUCCACACACUUCAUAAUGAAAAGGUUAGGCUUUGAUAUAAAAACCCAGAGCAACCUUUCAGGAAGGACAGGGGGUUCAGCCUAAGGAUUUAAUGCUGUAUGAGGUCUGGCUCAUGUUCAGUAGCCAUGGAGUCAAAGUGAUCGCCUUUCAUACAGUAGAUUUGAUGAUGAACGUGGACCUGAAUUGUGUUUUGUCAGUGUCUUGUUCGAGUCUGUUAAUGAGCUGAAUGAGCUUCCAUGUCUCUUGUCCACACUAUUCGUUUCUCCCUGCUCUGUGUGUCUCUUCCCAAUGGUGUGAGUGAGGUUCUUUCAUUUUAUGUCAGCUGCUCAGGUCUGCCCUCCAGUCUGACUGCAUUUAACCAGUCACUCUUGUACAGUGGUUGUUUCACUCUGUUUAAGGUGGAUGACCUUCUAGAGAGGUUUUACAAAGGAAAUUCUGUAUUUCUUUCUUUACUUUUCCGUUUUCCUUAUGCUGUCGACUCAUUCUCAGUCCUGCUGAGAGAUUUAGGUUUUCAGUAAACACAAGGAAAAAGUUGUGAAUAAAGCCUAAUAAAGGACUAGGGUACAAAACAUAAAGAACUAUACUAAUCAAGAAGUUAACUUAUGUAAAGUUUGCAAACAGGUCUCAUUUAAAUUAGCCUUUUACUAAAUGCACUUUGAAUUGUAUGAUAGAAUAUCUACUGUUAUUUUUUCUUGUUUCCAAUUGAACCAUAGACCACCUGUUCUUUUAUAUCUGUAGAUUUAUGUAAAUCAGUAGAAACAAAAUAAAUCUGAUUGAACUGUU